GUGAGGUGAUCGGCCUUUUUCCAACGACAGCGAUGGCCGACGCGUUUUCAGAAGUGAAGUUGAUAGACGCCAACAAUCAUUUGCUUGGCCGUCUGGCAGCUGUGAUCGCCAAAUCGGUUUUGAAUGGUCAGAAAAUAGUCGUUGUACGAUGUGAAGGUUUAUUGAUAUCAGGAAACUUUUACAGAAACAAAUUGAAGUAUCUGGAUUUUUUGAGGAAGAGAAUCAACACCAACCCAAAGAGGGGUCCUUUUCAUUUUAGAGCCCCUUCGAAGAUAUUAUGGAGGACAGUUCGUGGCAUGCUUCCACAUAAGCUGAAGCGUGGAGAAGCCGCCCUGGCCAGGUUGAAGGCAUUCGAAGGAAUACCACCUCCAUAUGAAAAGAAAAGAGUCAUUGUACCAUCAGCAAUUAAAGUUGUAAAGCUGAAGCCACAUCGAAAGUUUGCCCCACUUUCCCGUUUGUCCCAUGAAGUUGGAUGGAAGUACAGAGAUGUUGUCAAUGCGCUGGAGGACAAAAGAAAAGCUCGUUCCAAAGCCUACUGGGAUAAAAAGCAGCAAAAUCUUGCUUUAAGAAAAAAGGCGAUCACAAAUGUCUCAAGAAAAAUAGCCGACAUUGAUUCUCAAAUCAUAGCAAUGGGUUGUUAUGCAUGUUAAACAUCGAAUAAAACACAGCUGCAUCUAUU